AGGAGAGGGAAGGAGGAGGGCAUUAAGGAAGAAGGCAGGGAGUAUCAAUGACAUCAACCAGCAGUAUCUGAGGCCGCCGAUCAGCAAUGCUCUCCCGACAAAAGGGCUGAGGAGCAGCCGUGACCCGCUGCGCUCCGAGAGGUCGGUGGACAGCCAGGACGGUGUGUGGGGGGGGAAACGCCGGCGAUGUGUGCAUGCACCCUCCACAAAGGAAGACCUUCAUCUGAGUGGAGCUGCCACUGGAUUACAUUUAUCCUUGCUGUUUCUAAGGAAGCUUCCAGCUGCAAAUCCACCCACAUGAAUCUACCAGACAGUAAGGAAGACGGAGCACUUCCUACCGAGAGUGCCUAUCCCUGUUGAGUGAAGCCCUACUCAAAUCUCCGUCAUCUCUAACCAAUCCACGGUGGUGCCAUGCCUCGGCCCAAGACUGGUGGAGUCCUGGCCCGGGCCAGAAGGCCAAUCCUGGGGCUCUGGAUUAGCCUAUCUCCCCUGUGUCUGCUGCUGCCUUUGAUUAUCCUGCUAACCAGACCUUUGAGCAGCAUGGGUGAAGCACUAGCUCCCCCAAAAUUCACCAAGACUCCCACAGACCAGAUCGGAGUAUCAGGAGGUGUAGCAUCAUUUGUGUGCCAAGCCACAGGCAAUCCCAAGCCCUCUGUCUACUGGAACAAGAAGGGCAAGAAGGUCAACUCCCAGCGUAUCGAGGUGACCAUAGAGUUUGAUGAUGGUGCAGGUGCUGUGCUGAGGAUCCAACCACUUAGAGGUCCCCGAGAUGAGAACACCUACGAGUGUGUGGCACGUAACAGCGUAGACGAGAAGUCUGUCACUGCAAAGCUGUCCAUUAUCAGAGAGGACCUGCUGCCAUUUGGCUUCCCUAGUAUAGACAUGGGCCCUCAGUUGAAAGUGGUGGAGCGGACGAGGACGGCCACCAUGCUGUGCGCUGCCAGCGGCAUCCCGGACCCCGAGAUCUCCUGGUUCAAAGACUUCCUGCCUGUCGACCCCAGCACCAGCCAGGGUCGCAUCAAACAGCUCAGAUCAGGAGCAUUACAGAUUGAGAACAGCGAGGAAACAGACCAAGGGAAGUACGAGUGUGUGGCCACCAACUCCCAAGGCGUGCGCUACUCGUCUCCCGCCAACUUAUACGUGCGAGAGCUUCGAGAAGGAGCGACAGACACAUUGCGCCGCGUGCCCCCUCGUUUCUCCAUCCUCCCUUCCAACCACGAGAUCAUGCCAGGAGGGAGCAUCAACAUCACCUGCGUGGCCGUGGGUUCACCCAUGCCUUAUGUCAAGUGGAUGCUGGGUAAUGAGGACCUGACUCCCGAGGAUGAAAUGCCGAUUGGACGGAACGUGCUGGAGCUCAAUGGUGUCCGCGAGUCUGCAAACUACACCUGUGUGGCAAUGAGUAGCCUGGGUAUCAUUGAGGCCAGCGCUCAGGUCUUAGUGAAGACUUUACCAAAGCCUCCCGGCACGCCCAUCGUCACCGAGACCACAGCCACCAGUGUGACCAUCACAUGGGACUCUGGCAACCCCGACCCCGUCUCCUACUACAUCAUUCAGUACCGAGCCAAAGGGCCCGACAGCAAGUAUGAGACAGUGGACAGCAUCACCACCACCCGCUACAGCAUCGGGGGCCUCUACCCCAACACAGAGUACGAAAUCAGAGUUUCAGCCUAUAAUACCAUCGGCCAGGGGCCCCCGUCCGCUCGCGUGGAGGCUCGUACGGGAGAGCAAGCCCCCGCCAGCCCGCCGCGAAACGUCCAAGCUCACAUUAUCUCUGAGAACACUGUGAUGGUCCGCUGGGAAGAACCGGAAGAGCCCAAUGGACAGGUGAAAGGCUAUCGUGUGUACUACACCAUGGAUCCGUCCCGGCCUAUAAACGAGUGGCAGAUUCAUAACGUCCAGGAUAGCGUGCUCACUACCAUUCAGAACCUGGUAACCUCAGAGACCUACACCAUCCAGGUCCUCGCCUUCACCUCCGUUGGGGACGGACCCUUCUCAGACCCCGUCCACGUUAAAGUCUUGCGUGGAGUCCCUGGCCAGCCAGGCAAGUUUAAAGUGGGUAAAGUGACAGACACGAGCAUUGAGCUGACCUGGGAGCCUUCCUACAACAAAGAGAAAAUCGUCAACUAUGAGCUCCUCUACAAACCUGUCAAGUUUGGCAGCUUGGAGAAGCUGACCUUCGGGCCCAGGAAUUCUUACACUGUGGAGGGUCUCAAAGCGAACACCGAGUACUCCUUCUCUCUGGCUGCCAUCUCAAGCAAAGGCAUCGGAGCUUUCACUAAUGAACUGGUGCAGAGGACAUCACAAGCCAAUGUGCCGAGGAAUUUUUCGGUCAAUCUGGCCACUGAGACCAGCGUUCUUCUUACCUGGGAGUUUCCAGAGACUAGCAACCCCUAUCGCUUUACUGUUGAAUAUAACCGUCAGAAAAUGGAGGUGGACGCUCGCUUGAGAAAGGCAGUCAUCCCAAACCUUCAGCCUAACACGAGCUACGACUUUAAAAUCACCGCUCCUGAGGGGAACCCGGGAGGCCUUCGCCAUCGCAUCUCUGCUAAGACAUCCCCACCGAUCACCAUCCGCCGCCCUGAGAUCGACCGCACUCGUGACUCCGAGACCACCGUGACGCUAAUCUUGCCAUCACUGGAGAAUCGCAGUCCCAUCAAGAAUGUUUAUGUUGUUGUGGUUCCGCUGCGAAGGCCCCGCGGCGUCAUCAGACACCUCAAGAGUCCAGACGAAAUGGACCUAGAGGAGCUGUUAAAAGACAUCAGUCAAAGGCAGAGGGAUUCUCGACAGCAGAAGCAGGUGGACUUGCGCCGGGCUUACAUCACAGCCCGUUUCACACCUGCCAUCCUGCCGGCUUUCUUCACCCUGGGGGACCAGCUGGACUAUGGAGGCUUUGAGAACCGAGCUCUAGAGCCAGGGCAGGAGUACGUCUUCUUCAUUCUGGCUGAGCUGAACUCCACAUCUGGGAAGAUGUACGUGGCCAGCCCGUACACAGACCGUGUGAUUGCCCCGGACUCGGACCCGCAGCCAUUCGAUGCAGGCGACGGUCUGAUCUGGGUGGUCGGACCAGUCCUGGCUGUAGUCUUCAUCAUCUGCAUCGUUAUCGCCAUCCUCCUGUACAAAAACAGCAAACCUGACAGCAGUAAGCGCAAAGACUCUGAACCUGGAACCAAGAGCCUUUUGAGCAACGCCGAGAUGAUGGCCCAUCACCCGACCGAUCCCGUGGAGAUGAGACGCAUCAACUUCCAGACUCCCGGAAUGAUGAGCCAUCCUCCCAUCCCCAUCAGCGAGCUGGCUGAGCACAUAGAGCUGCUGAAAGCCAACGACAACCUGAGACUCUCCCAGGAGUACGAGUCAAUCGACCCGAGUCAGCAGUUCACCUGGGAACACUCCAACCUGGAAGUUAACAAGCCCAAAAACCGCUACGCCAACGUCAUAGCGUACGACCACACCAGAGUCAUCCUGUCUCCCAUAGAAGGUAUCCUGGGCAGCGACUACAUCAACGCCAACUACAUUGAUGGCUACAGGAAACAGAAUGCCUACAUCGCGACCCAGGGGCCGCUGCCAGAGACGUUCGGGGACUUUUGGAGGAUGGUGUGGGAGCAACGGGCUGCUUCUGUCGUCAUGAUGACACGCCUGGAGGAGAAGUCACGGAUCAAGUGCGAUCAGUACUGGCCGAGUCGUGGCACAGAGACAUACGGGAUGAUCCAGGCCACGCUGCUGGACACAAUGGAGCUGGCCACUUUCUGUGUUCGCACCUUCUCCCUGCAUAAGAGUGGAAGCAGCGAGAGGCGAGAGGUGCGUCAGUUCCAGUUCACAGCCUGGCCCGAUCACGGCGUGCCAGAGUAUCCCACCCCCUUCCUCAACUUCCUACGCAGAGUCAAAGCCUGCAACCCCCCUGAUGCUGGACCUAUCAUUGCUCACUGCAGCGCCGGUGUUGGUCGCACUGGCUGUUUCAUUGUCAUCGACGCCAUGCUGGAGCGCAUCCGACACGAGCGCACUGUGGACAUCUACGGUCACGUGACCCUGAUGCGCUCACAGAGGAACUACAUGGUGCAAACGGAGGACCAGUACAGCUUCAUCCACGAGGCCCUUCUGGAGGCUGUGGCAUGCGGAAACACUGAAGUGGCUGCCAGGAGUCUCUACUCCUACAUGCAGAAGCUGUCCAAGGUGGAGAGCGGAGAGCAUGUGAUUGGCAUGGAGCUGGAGUUUAAGCGCCUGGCUAACACCAAAGCCCACACGUCCAGGUUCGUCACAGCCAACCUGCCUUGCAACAAAUUCAAGAACCGACUAGUUAACAUCAUGCCCUAUGAAACCACCCGCGUGUGCCUCCAGCCCAUCAGAGGACUGGAGGGGUCCGACUACAUCAACGCCAGCUACAUAGACGGUUACAGGCAGCAGAGAGGCUACAUUGCCACCCAGGGUCCACUGGCUGAGACUACAGAGGACUUCUGGAGAAUGCUGUGGGAACACAACUCCACUAUAGUAGUUAUGCUCACUAAGCUGAGAGAAAUGGGACGGGAGAAGUGUCACCAGUACUGGCCCGCUGAGCGCUCAGCCAGGUAUCAGUACUUUGUGGUGGACCCCAUGGCGGAGUACAACAUGCCUCAGUACAUCCUCCGGGAGUUCAAAGUUACAGAUGCCAGGGACGGCCAAUCACGAACAGUGCGUCAGUUCCAGUUCACUGAUUGGCCAGAGCAAGGUGUGCCCAAAUCUGGGGAGGGCUUCAUCGAUUUCAUUGGCCAAGUGCACAAAACCAAGGAGCAGUUUGGCCAGGAUGGACCAAUCUGCGUUCACUGCAGUGCCGGCGUGGGGCGGACAGGUGUCUUUAUCACUCUGAGCAUUGUCUUGGAGCGGAUGCGUUACGAAGGGGCGGUAGACAUCUUCCAAACUGUCAAAAUGCUGCGGACACAGAGACCAGCCAUGGUGCAGACUGAGGACGAGUACCAGUUCUGCUACCAGGCUGCUCUCGAGUACCUGGGUAGCUUUGACCACUAUGCAACGUAAGAGAACAGACAACCAUCCAUCCAUCUUUCUGCUUUGAGGUCCACAAACAAAACCAACCGAGUGAGACAACAGAAAGACGGCGUGAAAUAAACGUGAACACUGAACCUUUUCCGGGAGCGAGAUUCAAAUUCUGCACCAACGAGGACAAAAAGCAACAAAAACAGCAACAAGAAAAUCUCUGUCUAACAGCGUCUCAGCAGGAGUUUCCCUGAGGAGCUGCUGGGUGUGGAGACUAUCCAUGUGUAAUCCAUAUACUUACCUCAGUGUUCCAGUGUGAAGGACGUAUAAUACAUGUGUGUUGUGGUCAGCUAUCUCCAAUAUGAACCAGUGAAAUACAAAUGGCUUCUGAACAGGAAUUAUGAUACUCUAUGUGUAUAAAACAAACAAACAAAAAAAAGAUUUAAAAAAAAACUAAACAAAAAAAACACAAGAGCCUGGAUAUUUGCUGCACCCUAAAUGGGCUUUUUAUCCUCAACUUUGUAUCUAUUGGUUUGAUGUACUAAAGGGGUUACAAAGUGCAAAGGUGAACGUUUCUAUGUGUCUGUGAGUCUAUUUCUAAGGUGUCUACUGCUACCAUCAGUAGUCCUGCCUGUAGUUUGAAGCAUAUGACUAGGUUGUGGCUCAGCAGAAGCCUUCAGUAUGGACUCACCACCCCGAGGACUGUUGGAGAAGCAUGUGGAUGAUCAUUUACCUGAUGCACAGUGCCAAGAGAAACCAUGCAGCGUGAACAUAAACUGUGGCCUAAAAGGAGAGGUGACUCCUUCUUUCAUCCAGCAUAACAUAAUCAGACUAGAGACCGCUCUUUAAAAAAAACACACACACAACACGAUCACAAGGAUCAGUUGGCAGCCCCAAACAGCUGACCUCGGAACAGCGAUUAAAACCUACCGCUUCCUUAACUGGGCUGACGUUUUGUAGUCCGGUGCUUUCUUCACUCAACAAAGCUUGCUCGCUGUUUGCUGUAGUCCUUGUUCAUCUUCCAGCUCAGCUCCUCUUGAUGUCAGUCCUAUCGGUUCAGUUCAGCAGUGGCUUACUGAAGAGAGGCUAAAUGAAAGAAAGAACUGAGCUCCAGUCAGUGUCUUUCUCUCUCUCGAGUUUAGAGAGCCAUCUUUCUGUAGAUUUUUCUGUUUUCACUGUAUGUCUUUGCCUUACGUUGACUUCAUUUUUUUCUUGCGUCCUUCACAUGCUGCUUCAUGCUCGCGCAAUCCGUGUUAAAGCUUUUAUUGCCGUGCAUUGUCUUCACUCGAGGAUGAAAAUUUUUGUUUGUUUGGUUUUGUCCUGAUCAUCUUCCUCCACUGAAGCUCUCCUACUUGAAUUUUGCCGCUUUUGCAGUUAAACCCUUGUGUUAAUUGCUUUUGCUCGCUAAGGCUACCGUCAGUGAAAGAUUACGGGAAAAAUUCAAAACACAUUCAAAGCUAGUAGUGAACCGCUCACUAUCAACAGUCCUCUGCCUCUAUCCCAUCCCCCUGUUAACCCUAUUAAAAGUUUCUCUGUUCCUUAAACCCUUGUUGUACAGAACAUGCUCAGCUUUACCGACUGAUAGAUCCGUCCCCCCCGCCCCUUCCAAUUAAGUAUGACUGCACUCAACUCCUCGAUAUGGUUGUUUAUCUUUUCCUGAAUUUGAAAUGUAGUCAUGAUUGGUCCCACGUGGUGAUUAAACAGCACAGCGAUGUUCCAAUAUAGCAGGCAUCUCGACCGAAAUCACCAAUUUUGUACAUACAGUCUAUCAUUGGAGUCCUAUACAGUACAGUUGCAUAACGUCUGAGCACAAAAUAUAACGUGGGAUUGGAUGUGAUGUAGUACUUAUUGUCGCAAAAAAAGAAAAAAAAAAGAAAAAAGCCUUAUUGUUAUUGUUCACUUUGUCAUAUUUAUUUCGUAUGAUUUUUUUAAAGGAUAUUUAUUAUGACUAUUUUGUUCUUUUUUAAGUUUGUUUUUAUUUAUUUGGGAUUUCUAGCACUUCUAACCAAUAAGACGAUGUUUAUUUGUUUCUUUGGCGAGCCAUUGUUAAAGUAUGAUAUUGUCACUUUUUUUAAUUUUAUCUUUAACCGUCCAUUUUGGUGCUUUUUUUUCUCCUUUUUUAAAAAAAAAAUUGCUUUAUUGUUACAACGUAUGCCCUCUGUGUAGGGUCCUAUUUGAUACUGAUUACUGAUGUCCAACUAGUCAGCUAGAGAUGUACGUACAAUAGAGGCAGGACUAGCUUCAGUUUACAGAGAUGCCCUUUCGAUGCUCUCCCUCGUUCAACCUCCAUAGCUGGAGGUAUGUUUCACCCCACGGUGAUAGGUGUAAGGGCAUCAGAGAAAUUAGAUAUAUAGAGCAGACUACAGGGCAGAUCGGUGAAGACCUCCUGGCAAGCUGUUGGUGUUUAGUUUGCUUGAAAGCACAUGGUAGCAAGUGUAUUUUUGACAGAGAAUGGAUAUGAAUUGCCUAGCUACACACUUUACACACCCUGAAAAGUUAUUGUUUGAACCUGAAAUUAUUCUCAUAUGAACUCUAUGUGUGGUCCAUAAGUCUUGACAAUGUUUGACAUAUAUGAAAUAUGUUAUUCCUUCGAUUUCUAAUGAUUAUUGUGUCAAGAGAAAUAUAAAAGGCACACGCGAAACAUAAUAUGAAAUGUGUUGAGGGAAAAGCUCUGGUGAUGCCAUACCCCUCACUUAUGUACCUGUUCUUUCCUUUCGAACCAUAGAUGUAGAUAUUGUAUCUCGACUUUGUAUUAAAAGCAGGAUGAUUGGAUAUACA